AUGUCGCCCACAAAGAGCAUCGUCGUCACCGGAGGUGCGUCCGGCAUAGGUCUAGGCAUAACGAGACAUUUCAUCUCCCAGUCAGAUACGCACAUCACAAUCCUAGACAUCAACCCAGCAACCGGGAAGCAUACGCUGGAGCAACUUCGUGCCGAGUUUCCGUCGGCAGGAAUAUCGUUUGAAGAGUGUGAUGUUUCGUCUUGGGAGAGCCAGGCUGCUGUAUUCAAGAAGAUUCACAGUGAGAAAGGACGGAUUGAUAUUGUCUUUGCUAAUGCUGGUAUUACCGAGAAAGGGAGUCUGUUGCCGGUGAAGGACGACAGUGAGGAGCCUUCUAAGCCGAAUCUUGCGACCCUGAAUGUGAAUUUUGUGGGUUGCGUAUACACUGUACAACUCGCAAUCCACUAUAUUGCGAAAAACACAACCACCAAAUCAUCCAAGGGCCUUAUUGUCUGCACAGCAUCGAAUGCGGGGCUAUACCCCUUCCCCAUGGCACCGAUGUAUUCAGCCACGAAGCACGGGGUAGUAGGGCUUGUGCGAUCACUUUCACGCACUCUGGCCGUGGAGAGGAUCCGAAUCAAUGCAUUGGCUCCUGCUGUUAUUGAAACGAACAUUGCGCCAAGUUCCGACUUAUUCAAGUCGAUGGUCCUCACGCCCAUGUCAACCGCGACACGGGCUGUUGCGCAGUUAGUUGAGGAUGAGUCGUUGACUGGUCAGAUUGCGGAGUUGCAUGGUGAACAAGUUACCUUCUCUGAGCCGCCGGCCUAUGUGGAUGAGGAUACUGAGUGGGAUGAUGAUACACUACGCACCAGUGCCUUUGCUUGGAGAUAG